GCGAAGCACAGUUUUAUCGACUAACCAACCGGCAGACGUGAUGCAAAAAGCGACGAUGGCAACUCGAAUGACAGAAUUAUCAUUUCUGCUUUUACUGAGUGUCGCUUGGUGGUCGCGUGUCGAGGCGGAUCGUACAGUUACGAUAAAUUCAUUCCAAUCAGAAGUUGAAGACGGAAAUUCGGUAGCAGAUUCUAUGUCCGGAGAUGUCGGGGACAAUCUCGUUAAUUUUCUGAUGAAUAUUAAGAAGAGCUGUCCGGGUGCGGCGCAGUUGGAAAUAGAGGUUUACAAAGACGGCGUUGUGGUGUACACGAACGGCCAAACUUUGAAGCAACCGAUGAAGGAGUUCCAACAAAUGAACAUAUGCGGAUCCAUCGAUGCCCCGGAGCCCGACGACGAAUCCUGUUCUAUACAAGAGGGCGAGCAAACAGCCAGUCAGUGCGAUGUUAGUGCAUGGUUCGAGAGUUUCGACGAAGGUGAUUACAAAGCUGUCGCAGCAGUUACUGUCAAUAAUGAAAAACUCGGUGCCUUGUUCCUUGACGUAACAAUUUCUGCGUAAAGAGAUAACCGUUUCAGAAUGUAAUACAGUCGCAGAUGUGAAUGCACGUUUUAUGGUAUCACGUAUGCGAUUAGUUUGUUUCGUUUGCAGUAAAUAAAAUACCUAGCGCAUCAUA